AUGGUUCUGCAUGAUAUAUUCUUGAGUGACAAACUGAAAAGCAUGACCGAUAGGUUGCUGAAACUUCAAAAGAAGAACGACGAAACAGAGAUGAGGUUCCUCAUGACUCGACUCUUUGAAGGUGGAAUCUUCAAUGAACUUGAUUUGAGGCAGCUAAAUGGUUUGGAUCAGUUCGUGGAAGAAAAGCUGAAGAAACUCGAAAACAGGUACGACGAACUUGCAGGGGCUCAGGGCAAGCUUAUGUGCACUAACAAUCUACACCAUAGCCAGAUGACACCAGCAAUGUCAGAAAAUAGAAGUGGCAAUUUUGCAACUAACAAUCUAACAAUCGUUCAUGAUCCGAAAGAGUCACAUUCGAUUGUGGCGACAGAAGACAGAUGGUUCGGCCCUGGCAUCCCGAACACAUUUGGCAUGUCAAGAGGAAUCAACUUAGGAUCAACUGAAGUUGCAAGAUCCUUCACUGACUGGAAUCAGGGUGAUGAGUUUGGAAGAGUGUGGCCUACCAAUUUCUAUCAUUGA